AUGGUUUUUCGAGAUAUUCAAAAUUUCUCUUUAAUACAAAAUGAUUCAAAUUCUUUUGCAAUUCCUUCUAAAAAAUCGGAUUUUUUAUUAUUAAUACAUAAUCCAAAAAGUCUAUAUUAUUUUUUCUUUUCUGAUCCAUCAAAGUCCAAAGUUUUAAAUUUGGAAGGUUCUUUUAAUUCUUUUUGUGAAGAAUUUUUGAUUUUUGAUUUUUUUUACCUAAAAAAUGAUAAGCUGGUUCUUCUAAUUAAGUCAACAAAUAAUCGCCAUCUAUAUAUUGUUUCUGGUGAUAUUAAUUUUGAGGAUGGUAUUGUAUAUACAGAUGAUAAUGAAACCGUUGACACAGGAAUAAUAUGUGAUGAAAGAGGAAGAAAAUGUUGUGUUACCUUUGAUAAUAUUGGUCCUGUUAUCAUAGAUUAUCCAGUUAUUCAAGGACGUAAUAAUUUUCCAAUAAAAUUAUUUCAUAUAAGUGAAUAUUUUGAAACUAAAGUUAAUAAACUUCAAAUAAUUAUUCCUGAAAUAAGACCUGAAAAUGAAGUAAUAUGUAGUAAUCCAUUUAUAUCAAAUAAUUAUAUAUAUUUUUUUAUUCAAAUGUCAACACAGAUACUUGCUAUACCUAUCACAAGUGAUAAUUAUACUAAUGCUGAGAAUCAUUUUAAAGCUAAAAUUUUAAAUACAUAUUCAGAGAAGGACAAAGAAAUGCCAUCAAAAAAUAUUUGUGCAAGGGAUAUUUUAUCAUUUGAUGAUUUUUUAUUAGUUUAUUGUUAUCAAAAUUUAGAAGCAAACAUUGAAAAACCAUCUUUAUGGAAGUUAAAUUUUAAUUCAUUAGUAUGGACAAAAUUAGAAUUUGUUUUAUCACAUCAUUAUCCAUGUCAUGAUGUUAAAUUAAGAUCAUAUGAUAAUAGGGCAUUCCUAGUUGGUAUAUGUAGUAAAAAAAAUUGUAAUGAAAAAAAUCAUUUUUAUGAAUUUGAUUUAUCUAUAUUAUUAAAUGAUAAUAAAGAAAAUAAAUUAAUUAAUAAUUUAGAUAAUAAAAAUACUAUUACCUCAUGGAAAAGUAAAAGUGCAUCAAAUCCAAAUUUUACAAUAAAUUCCUCAAACAACAAAAUUAAUAGAGAUGAAAGUUUGACUAUAUCAACUAUUAGUCUUGAUAGUGGUAGUUGUUCAUCUGAAGAAAAUAACCUAAGCCAAAAUGAUAAGUCUAUAAGAAAGCAAGUUUUUCCAUUAAAUUGGAGUAAAAAGAUGAGUUUGGAAGGUGUUACAAGAGUUACAGAACAAAUCAAACAAGCCAAAGAAAUGGGAUAUGAUGAAGAAUUAAUUUUUCAAGCAUUACAAGAAAAUAGUCUUUUAGAUGAUGUAAUAAUUCCAUACUCAUCAACUUCAGCUUUAGUUGAAAAACUUAUUAAUUUAACUAACAAACAAAAUAACAAUAAUCUUGAUAAUACAAAACCAAAAAUAGGAUCUAUUGGAUCAUCAUAUUUAACAACAUCAAAAAGUUUUUCAGAAAAUACACGACCAAAGCGAUAUGAAAGAUCAGGAAGUAGAUUGACUGGUAGAACAACCAGAUAUCAUACACUUGGAAAUUUUGAAAGAUCACCAAUUGGACAUUCUAAUUUACUAACAUCAAGUACAUCAUUACCAUCAACAUUAUCACGUUCUAACUUAUCAUUAUCAAAUCAAAAUUUAUUAAAAACAGCCGAAGAUUCUAUAACACGUUUAUAUGAUACAUGUCAAAAAGAAAAAGAACAUUACCUUACAGCUUGUAAAGAGAAUGUCAAAACACUAGAAGAUAAGUUAAAUUUAGAAAAACAACAUCGUAUUAGGCUUCAAACAAUGUGUGAAGAAAAAGAUGAAACAAUUAGACGUUUAAGAGAUAGUAAUUUAAAGUAUAAAAAUUUUGAGACACGAUUGACAAGGGCAAAUAAGAGUAUUGAAGAUUGGAUUGCUAAAUAUCAAACAAGUGAGACAGAAAAAAUUAAAAUAGAAGCAGAUUGUAAUAGAAGAGUGGAAAAAUUGAUAAAAGAAAAAGAAUUACUACAAAGAAAAAUAGAAGUUCAAACAUCAGAUCGUAUAAAAAUUAAAGAUUUAACACUAGAAAAUGGUAGAUUAAAAGAAAAGAUUAAUCAAUUAGAAUCAAGAAUUGAACUUUUUAGUAAUAAAGAAUCAUAUGAAGCACAACUUAAUGAUUUAAAAGUUGAAAAUUAUCGUUUAACACAACAAAUUAAUAGUUUAUCAUUAUGUUUAUGUUGUUGUACAAGUAAACCAGAUACAAUAUUUUUACCCUGUUGGCAUUUAUUAUGUUGCCAGAAUUGUAGUACAUCUUUAUUUGAUUGUCCUAUAUGUAGAACAUCAUUACAGGGAAAAGUUAAAGUCUUUCUUGGAUAA